AUGGACGCACAGAACUUAGCGAAUGCACAGCAACCUGGACAACCAAACCCAGAGAAUAUUCCAAAUGAAGUUAGAAUACAAACUGCAAUGGCAAACUAUGGUCAAGUGCCAACAGAUGUACAAAUGCAAACUGCCAUGUCAAAUGACGCUGCGUUAGGUUUGCCACCAUGGUAUGCAAAUAUGAGAUGGAAAGAGUUUUAUACAAACCCUGAAGUCGGAUAUAAACAACUUUAUGCAGAUGACGCGAACACAGGAGUUGACCCAGAAUAUGUUUUCUACCAG